AUGAUAUCUGAAAAAGUGAAAGAAUCAGAGUCACAAGAUAUUCGUGAAGUGCAAGACGUAUCUGUAAUAUUCUUUGAUCUAAUACGACAUCAAACUGACAUAGAAAAUAAUGCUGUAGAAGACUUCAAAAAUAGAAACAAGCAUCAAGAAUUAGAAACUAAAAUCGCUGCUUUAAAUCAUUUGGUUGAACAUUUAAAUAUAGAAAUGGCUGCAAACAAUUUAUGA